AGCCAAUUGUUUAAAAAAUGUUAUUGUGGCACAAAAUAGAAUCAGAAGAACAAUGGCAUUUUAAAAAUGGGAGAGUUCCGGACUUCUUUUUCCUAGGAGAGAACAGAAGUGAUGUAAGCUGGAUUAACACGCUGAGAGAAAUUUAAAGCGAGCCGCUGUUGUGUUUGGAUCAUCUGGUUAUUUUCCUGUGCUGGGGAGGAGACGAAAAAAACUUUAACUUAAACCACACCCUCUGGCAGAGGCAGACGCGAGAGACUGAAGGGGAAGAGGAUACAGCCACGAAAGUGUAUAGGAGAAAAUAAUUAUACAGAUAAAUAAACACACGCUUGGAAUAAGGAAUGGAAGACUAAAUACCGAGACUCGAAAACGAAGUUUGCUACACAAGGAGGACUAGAAGAAAAGAAAAAAGGGGGACGAUUUUAUUUGUGUGUUGUUCAGUUUGCUCUGACACUGUGCGUGCGUUUCCUGUCGGGUUUCAUCGGGAAGGAAAACUUGUUUUUUUGUUUCGUUUUGUUUUGUUUUGUUUUAAUUGCUGUAUCACUUUUUUUUUAACAAAGCACCAACAUCACAACUUUUUUAAAAAAUAAAUAAAUACAUAAAAACCCAACAAUGGACGUGGAAACGGCGGAAAAUGAUAAAAAGAUUCGCAGCGACGACCCAAGCGAUACUUCAGUUUUUUGCGGAAUAUUAUCACCCGCUGUUUAGUAAAGUUACGGACGGACGCGGUCGGACCCAUUCUGAAUUUUGUAAAAUUUUAUAUUUCUCUUGGUUCUUUCUUCGCUCUCCCGUUGCGCUUCCUGUUUUCAAUGUGGGGCUGCUAAAAAAAACAUCGGACUCGCAUGACAAACAGAGUUACAAAACUGCCACACAGCCACCGGCAUUCUUCUUAAAUAUAAUUUUAUCUCAAAACGAACAAUGUGCAUUCUGGCUACUGUAACACAGUAACAAAAAAUACUGCUAGCUACUGAGAAAGAGGUGUUUAAUUUGUAUAAGAGUAUUAAAUUAUUGCUAUAUAUUUUUUAUUUAUGUAUUAAAACUUUUUUUUUUAAUUAGUUUGAUUCUAUUUUGAACCUGAAUUUGACAAAGCCAGGACUGUUUGAGGAGAUGGUUUGGGGGACUGGUUUAGUGAAUUCUAUUGGAGCUAGGCUAUACAAAUUGUCUUGAAUAAUAUUUGCAUUCAUAAAUUCAACCUUUUUUGGUGCUUGUCAACUAAAACGGAUUCGUAAUCUUUUUAUUUGGACUAGGCUAAUUUUUUAUUUUUUAUUAUUGAAUCUAUUUUUUUUUUUGUGUGGGGGAAUUCAAAACAUAUUAAAAUAUUUCCUAAUGAUCUGGGAAAGACGAGAGGGAGAAAAAAAGUUGCAAAUGCAACUUGGUGGUUUUAAAACCUGCUGAAGUUAACAAUUACAGUAAAUAAAUAAUUUUAAAAAAUGGAACCGCUAAAAAACAUUUUCACCCGCGGCCCACUGUCCGGUUGGAAAGGCCUGGAGCCGGCGGAGAAAGGCGCCUACACUAACCCCGUCUGGACCGCUCUCUUUGACUACGAAGCCGCCGGUAAAGACGAGCUCACCCUGCGGAAAGGGGACCUGGUGGAGGUGCUUUCCCGGGACUCGGAGAUAUCGGGAGACGACGGCUGGUGGGCGGGCAAAAUCAACAACAAACUGGGCAUCUUCCCUUCCAACUACGUCUCUCUGAAACGGGGCGACUACGCCAAGCUCCAGACCACGGCGGUGGUCGCGGAGCUGGAACCGGAGGAGGUGGACUUUCGGGAGCUGAGCCUGGAGGAGGUGAUCGGGGUCGGCGGGUUCGGGAAGGUCUACCGCGGGACCUGGCGGGGCGGAUUCGUCGCAGUCAAAGCCGCCCGCCAGGACCCGGACGAAGACAUCAGCGUGACGGCGCAAAACGUGAGGCAGGAAGCCCGGCUGUUCGCCAUGUUCACCCACCCGAAUAUCAUCGCCUUGAAGGGGGUCUGUUUACAGCAGCCCAACCUGUGCCUUAUAAUGGAAUACGCUUCGGGGGGGGCGCUGAGCCGGGCGCUCGCCGGGCGUCGCAUCCCGCCCCACAUCCUGGUCAACUGGGCAGUGCAGCUUGCCAGAGGGAUGCAGUACCUCCACAGCGAAGCGAUCGUGCCGGUCAUUCACCGGGACCUAAAAUCUAACAACAUCCUGCUGGCCCAGCGCGUUGAGAACGAGGACAUGGAGGGGAAGACCCUGAAGAUCACGGAUUUCGGGCUGGCACGGGAGUGGCACAAGACCACCAAGAUGAGCACGGCGGGCACCUACGCCUGGAUGGCUCCUGAGGUCAUCAAGUCCUCCACCUUCUCCAAGGGCAGCGACGUCUGGAGUUACGGGGUGCUGCUGUGGGAGCUGCUGACCGGCGAGGUGCCCUACAGGGGGAUUGAUGGCCUCGCUGUAGCCUAUGGAGUCGCGGUCAACAAACUGACCCUUCCCAUCCCCUCCACCUGCCCGGAGCCCUUUGCACAGCUUAUGGCAGAGUGUUGGGACCAGGACCCUCACCGGCGGCCCAGCUUUGCCUCCAUCCUGGCCCAGCUGAUAGCGCUGGAGGAGCAGGUGCGGGAGGAGAUGCCCCAGGACUCCUUCCACUCCCUGCAGGACGACUGGAAGCUGGAGAUCCAGAGCAUGUUCGACGAUCUGCGGGCCAAGGAGAAGGAGCUGCUGUGUCGCGAGGAGGAGCUGAAGCAAGCGGCUCUGGAGCAGAAGUCCCACGAGGAGUUCCUGAGGCAGAGGGAGGAGGAGCUGGCGCAGUGGGAGCUGGACGUGUUCGAGAGGGAGCUGAGCCUCCUCAUCCUGCAGAUGAACCAGGAGAAGCCCAACGUGAAGAAGCGCAAGGGCACCUUCAAGAAGCACAAGCUGAAGAGCAAGAACGGGGAGAAGAUCAGCUCACCGCUGGAUUUCAAACACAAGAUCACGGUGCAGGCGUCUCCUGGAAUGGACAAGAGGAAGAACUUCCUGGACCUUGCGUCCGGCUCUCCCUCCUUCGUACCCAGACUCCGCGCCAUCCAAUUGAUCCCCAGUGAAAACAGCAAGACCUGGGGGAUCAGCUCGGGCUGGAACCUGGACCACCUCCCUGACAAGUACCGCAAUGGGGGCCCCUCCUGGGGUCCCCAGAGCCCCAAAACUAGAGGCCGCAGCCCGCAGGACAGCAGGAACAGGCUUCAAUUGGAGGAGCACUCAUUGCGUUUUGGAGCAGACAGCGAGGAGACAGGGCUACUCACGUUCCCCAUCCCAAACGGCUACGUGGGUCGGGACCCCUCCUCGACAAAACUACCUCAGACCCCGGAGGUGGUGAGGAACGGGUGUGAAGCCUCCACCUUUGGCCUCCUGCACCCCAUGGGGUCACCGCGACAGGACCGGCGGGGCGGGGGGCUCAAGAGCACCCACAAGGCCCUGCUGGGGGGCGGGGCUCUGCUGGCCUCCAUCGCCCUGGGCAGGGGCGUCACCACCUCCCCGAAAUGCCCCCCGAGGACCCCCACCCACUCCCCGAAGGGACAGAGAGAGCCUCCACUGGGGAGCGAGGAAAAGACCGCAGAGGAACCAACCCAACAGGACUUGAUUAUCUUCUGCAAAAAAUCAGACCCCCCGGGCUCUCCCGUCACUCCCAUCACGGAGGCCUUGAUAGACUUGACCGAAGCCCCCAUGGAGGUGAGCAAACCCCUUCCUCUCUCCCCGCCACCCCCCAACCCCCGGGAGAGACACAAACACCUCCACCCUCAUCGGGACUUCCUGUGGACUCAGGAAGGGGAGGGGCCGGGGCAGGAGGUGCGGGCCAAUGGGGAGGCAGGGAGGCGUGUCCAGUGGGGUCACGGGUCCCCUGUGGUUCGGAGGAGGAAGCCCAGCGAGGAUUUGUUUUCGGCACAGAUAGCUGUGGAGAGCCCUCUCCCAUCUCCCAGCACCCCAGAGCGUGACACUGACCAGGGGGUGCCAGCCGCCCUUUUCCUGCCGGACCCUCAUCUGUGGAGCCCCAAAUCCCGUCGCGUGGAGGUCAACGUCGUCCCCCGACCCAGACCCUCCGCCUCCCGGCCUCGGAUUGACCCCUGGAGCUUCGUAUCAGCGGGGUGCAAACCCACGCAGAGCCCCCCAGGACCAGAACCAGAAUCGUUCCACUACGCCCUGGGCUACCAGCCCUCGCCUACCAACCCCUUCACAAACUGCGACCCCUUCCCCUCGCCGCCAGGGCACGACCCCUUUGCCAGGCCAGCUGACUUUGACCCCUUCUCCACCCCCUUCCCGCCCUACUCCAAGUCCGCCCCUGCCUCCACCAACGGGAGCCCCUCAUUGGCUGCCUGGAGGAUAGCCCCGCCUGCCCCAGCCGAUCGGCCACUCAUAGACUUGGGAGGAGGCGGGGCAGAGACGACCAAAGAGCAUCGAUCAGGGAGAGCGCCCUGGAGUUCUCCGACGCCAGACUGCCGCAGGUUUUAAUUAGAAGGGGAAUAACAAUGAGAAAAACCCAUGAGAUUGUUGUUAGCGUUUGUUGGGAUUCUUGGUCAGGUGUUUAAGAGCCCCGUUGAAAGGUUGUACACUGCCCAAAACUGCACCCCAGCAGUUUCUUUUCACUGUGGCUACAGCGCUGGGCUGCUGCAAGUCUGAAUAUUGGUGGUGAUUUCAUGUAAAGCAGGGAUUUCUCUCUUUACCUGAAGUGUUAGCGAACAUCCUUUUUUGAGUUUCAUAGCCUUCUCACUACUCACUCAGUGACUACAUAGCGUUGCAAAUGUAUUUAACUACUAGGGGAAAGCAGUGUUGCUGCACUAACGCAAUGCAAAAGUCACAUACUGUAUGUUAGCCACUGCUGUUGCUAGGUGGUUGAGAAUGUAUUUCUGCAGAAAUGUGAAGCAGUAUGAUGUCACAAUGCAAAGCAGCAUGAUGUCACAAUGCAAAGCAGUAUGAUGUCACAAUGCAAAGCAGCAUGAUGUCACAAUGCAAAGCAGCAUGAUGUCACAAUGCAAAGCAGUAUGAUGUCACAAUGCAAAGCAGCAUGAUGUCACAAUGCAAAGCAGUAUGAUGUCACAAUGCAAUGCUCAUGUAGCUAGUUCUAGUAAGAGUCAGUACACUGAAGAAGACACUAGAUGAGACACUUGUCUGCAUGACCUUUAGUUUUAUCUGUGCUAGUAAGACGUAAGAAAAAAAAAAAGCUGUAAUAAGUAUUGAGAACGUUCAUGAAGUCAGGGGGUGUUUCAUAAAACUUGUGUCAACAGUAAGGAGGCUCUCUGUCUGUGUCUGUGUGUGUGUGUGUCUGUCUGUCCAUGGUGCUGAAAUAGUUCGGGCAGACAGACGUGUGUCAUAUCUUAGGGCAUUAAUAGUUUACAGUUUACCAAAUGAUAAAUGUUUUGAAUUUUGCCCAUUUCCCAAACAUGCAGUCCAAUUAGUGGUGUUAAUUGUAGCGUUUGCUAAGUGUACAGUGCAAGCCCAUUUUAUUUCCUCAUGGAUAUUACUUCAGUCAUUUCCAUAUACAGUUAAAUGCUGUACACUUAGUCUUAUAUACAAAUACACAAAGUUAUUGAUAGAACAGUGAUGGAUGGCUUCUGGGAGGAAAAAAGUAUUUGCAAAGUUUAUGACUGAAUGUAAUGCAAGCAUAUCAGAGCAGUAUGAUGCAGAUUACGACUGUAUUAAACUGCAGGAGGAGAUUGCUUGACAGUAAUAGAGCUGAUAAAUUACUACUCUGUUACAUUCGCGGUUUUCCCUUCACACUGGAGUAAAAAAACAAACAAAAAAAAAACUUUGUAGGGUUCAAAAGCAUCAAACCUAAAUAAACACAUUCCCAGUACAGGCACCCAUACUCAGAAGUGCCCAAGAUUGGGGUGCUAUUGCCCCACCACAGGGCCAGCACACUAUGCUAAACUAUAGAACUACUAGCGCCAUUCUGGCUGCAAGGAAACCGUUUCCACGGAAUAUUGGGUGUGUCUACCUGCCUUUUAUGUGUGAAUCAUUCCUAUUUUUAUUAUUCUGUACAGUUUCUUAAAAGAUGAUGUAUUGCAGCUUCUCAGAGCCCCGUUCCUUCUCACUAAAACCAAUAGUUUUUAUUUCCUGCUCCUUCUUAAAAUGUGUGAAUAAAAUAGCCAUGCACUCCGGGCUCUCUGAGAAGCUGUGUUAUCGUGUGAAUAGUUAAACUGGGCUGGGCCUAACAAAAAAAAAAAAACUUUUAAAAUGUUUAAAUGGGUUUUAACCUGUGGAAAAGAAAAGAAAAAAAACAAAGACCAAAUAAAAUUUAUAUCGCAAC